CUCCUCCUUAUUAUCCAGUCCGCAUCUCGUUCCCAUCAUUGUUUUCCUAUUGCUAACGCUCUAAGCCCCCUCCCAAUUCAACGGCGACAGCAACGGCGGUAGCUCCAGCUCUCUCAGCAGCAGCGCAAAAGUCGGCAUAGGAAUUGGCGCUACCUCCUGCGUACUCCUUGCCCUUCUCAUUCUCGUCCUCCUAUUCCGCCGCCGGAGAGCACAACCGCAAACCUUUGUCCCACCACCGGGGACUGGCAUGCAGCCGCCCCCAAUGUCUUCAACCCCUUACUCUGGAAACGGCCCAUAUGCUCCGCCGCCACUGCAGCAGGCUGCACCCAUGGGAAUCCCGCAGCAGAACAACGCCGUCGCACUGGCAGGCACCAAAGGCGACGUAAGCCCCAUCGAAGAGAAGGCUCCCACCCUAACAACGAUCACACGCAAAGAAGUCGGCGCCGACGGAACCAAGAAGGAGUUCACGCCGCACGCCUCCCCUCCGCUGCAUACCGCCUCACCUGUCGCAUCCAGUUUCCCCAACGCGACCACCGAGGUUCCCGGUUCGGCCCCGCCGCCCCGCCACGAAUUUGGCAGCGAUGGCGAGAUCACUAAUUCCGUGUCUUCGCAGGGCAUAGAGCUGGAUGGGGCGCACCAGGCGCCGGUCAAUCAGUACCCGGCUUACCAGGAGAGUAGGCAAGGGCGGUGGGGGUAUCAGUAUCCCAGGCAGGGGCAAGCGUAUGAAGUCGAUUCUGGGCAAGUUCAGGGGUAUCCGCGGCAUGGACAGCAUGGAGGGACGUUUGAGUUGGGGCCGGGGAGGUAGAGGUGGCUUUGUGGUUUGUGGUCCGGGAGAAUUAGGGCGGGAAAGUGCAUUAUCGCGGAUUUCUUGAAUU